UCACAGCCUCGGUUGAAAAUAAACGGGAAACACAUUAUCAAAAAUAUAAAAAAAUAUGGCGAAGCAGAUACGACUAGUACUAAUAGAUCUUAGCGGAACACUGCAUAUUGAUAAUACAGUGAUUCCUGGUGCAGUGGAAGCUCUAAACAGGCUUCGAAGCGCUAAUAUACCGCUGAAAUUCGUCACCAAUACAACGAAAGAGUCCGGUAAUAUUUUGCACAAGAGACUGAUGGGCCUCGGUUUCGAGAUUAAAAAAGAAGAAAUCUUCAGCUCUUUGGCCGCUGCAAGGAGAUUAAUCGCUACGAGGAAAUUAAAUCCGAUGCUCUUGAUCGACCCCGCAGCCACCGAAGACUUCGAAAAUUUAGUAAAAAAUGAUGAAAAAUCUAAUGCUGUUUUGGUGGGAUUGGCACCGGACAAAUUUCAGUACGACGAAUUGAACAAAGCAUUUAGGUUGUUGUUGGACGGUGCACCGCUCAUUGCGAUUCAUAAAGGACGAUAUUAUAAACGACCGGAUGGUUUAGCUUUAGGACCUGGUGCAUUUAUUUCAGGCCUAGAAUAUUCCGCUAACGUUAAAGCGGAAGUUGUCGGUAAACCUACUCCGGAAUUCUUCAAGGCGGCUCUGGGAAAUCUAUCUCCGGAGGAAGCAGUUAUGAUUGGUGAUGAUGUUAAAGAUGAUGUGGCUGGAGCACAAGCUAUUGGCAUCAGAGGUCUUCUAGUGCAAACAGGAAAAUACAGAGAAGGGGAUGAAAAUACAAUUACACCACCACCGACAAAAGUAUGCAUCUCCUUUGUGGAAGCUGUAGAACAUAUUCUUAAUAACAAAGUUUAG